AACGGGUAAGUCAUUCUUAUCACACAAAACCCUAAAUGCGAGCCUCCAGUUCAUCUACUCCGCUCCAAUAUAUUGCGUCACAUCGUCAAUCUCACUAAUUACUUCCUCUCACCAAUCAGGAGAAAAAAUUACUCCACUAAUCAACUAUGAUAAUGGAUCUGAGAUUUCUCUCUCUCUCUCUCUCAAAUCCCUCUCACUAAUUUUCUCUGUUUUCUCUCUCCACAUGACGGUAUAUUAAGAAAACAUGCUGACCUCUCUUCUUGAUUACAAUGCUAAGUUUUCAAGAUUUCAAAUAUCCACUACAUAUAUACAUGUAGAAAUAUAGGAGACACAGAUUUCUCUAGAGUGAUAAAGAUUGUAUUUUUAUGAGCUAUGUUGGAAAUCCAGAUUAGAUUCUUGGUUGCAUUUCUUAAGUAAAUUGCUUCAAAAUGUUCAGAAGAUUUGAUUUUUGAGAGAAAAAUGAAUGAAGUAGUAUAAGGGGUUUCUUUAUAGAGUUUCUUGAAGUGAAAAACAAUGGAGUGGGGAAAGAGGAUGAGUCUGGUGAUGUUAUUAGGGGUUGGUUUUAGGUUUUCUUGAUAUUAUAUGAGUUGGGUAUAGUGUAGAAUUUUAGCAUAUUGGGGAUUCAUAUAGUUGACUCCAAUUUGUUUGGGACUGAGGCAUAGUAAUAGUAGUAGUUGUUGUUGUUUGGAUGUAGUGUAGAAUUUGAGCAUAGUUGGUUAUAGUGAGGAAGUCAUAUAGCCAACCCCAACUUGUUUGGGACUGAGGAGUAAUAGUUGUUGUUUGGAUAUAGUGUAGAAUUUGGGUAUAUUAGGGAUUCAUAUAGCCGACCUCAACUUGUUUGGGACUGAGGGGUAGCAGUAGUUGUUGUUUGGCUAUACUGAGGAAUUCAUAUAGUCGACCCCAAACAACUUGUUUUGGACUGAGGCGUAGUUGUUGUUGUUGCUUGUGUGUAGUGGAGAUUCAUAUAACCGACCCCAACUUGUUUGGAACUUGUUUGGUUUAUGUUGGAAUGAGAAGAGCAAAAUUUUCUUUUUUUGGGGAAAAUUCAAAUCUUGGGCUGUUGAAGUGAACAGUAAAGUUGCUAUUUUGGGAAAAAACAAACAAGUUGGUGAAAUGAUAUCUUCAGGGACAAAUUUAGUGAUGACUGUGAUUGGAUUUGCAGUUAGUACUAUGUUCAUAGUAUUUGUGUGCACAAGGCUAAUUUGUGCAAGAAUUCAAUUGAACGCAAGACGGCGCUCUUUUGCAUAUGCUUCUAGAAUUGAUCUUAGCAUUUUGGAGCGUGGCUUACAUGGUCUCGAGCCUCUUGCUGUUGCAAACUUCCCGACAAAGAAGUAUGGGGAUUUGUUUUUUAACUCUGCAGAAGAUGCUCAGUGCAUUGUUUGCCUUGCCGAGUAUCAAGAGAAGGAUACGUUACGCAUUUUGCCAACAUGUGGGCAUUCUUUCCAUGCAACAUGUAUUGACAUAUGGUUUCAGCAGCAUUCCACUUGCCCAGUUUGUCGAAUUUCUCUACGCGAGACUCCUGAAAAAAAGCGAUUUAUGCAACCUUUGUUUAGUUCAGCUAUCCGAUCUCACCUUGCCAUGAACUCCCUGAAUAUUAGUUCGAACCAUUGUCUAUCAGCUGAGCAGAGACAUUCUCCAAGAUUACAUGACAGCCUGAGAACAGACUCCACCACAGACGCUGGUGUGAUGGUAGUCAGUGGAAAUGAUGUCAUAUUAAACGAGGAUGGUCACAACACGAAAUACUCAGAAACCAAGCAAAUUGAGAGCCCAUCAAAUGCAUAAGCUUUAAAGUCAAGACUACAGACUUUCAAAUUGCCAGAGAGGGAAGAUUUUACGAUGUAGUAUCAUGUUCAUUCCGUUGCCUGAAUUUUGAUUUGGUAGAUAACUUAUUGCUCAUAGCCUUUUGUAAAUAUAGCAAGGCAUUGUUUCUUUCAUUUUUGGAGUACCUCACACUUUGCUAUACUUCAGUUUUCAACUUGAAGGUUGGUGGUAGUUUUGUAGAUCAUCUAGUUCAGCUUCCUUGCUGAACAAUGUCAAUUACAUAUGAGUUUCGUAGACAAGUUUGUACCUACAUAUUCAGUAGUUAUUUACUUCAACCUA